CUCACAUAUUGGUGGUCGUCUAAAAUGUGGCGGUCGUUGGUUGUAGCACCGCGGCGGCUUGCCUUGUCAACACAUUCGAAUCGUCAGCUGUCGUCAACGACCAAGUCGUAUGCGUUGCGAAGCUCCAUCUUCAUCCCGACCACUCGAGAAGUGCCGGCAGAUGCUGCCAUUCCAAGCCACCAACUGCUCCUUCGCGCGGGCUUUAUGCGCAAAUCAUCGAACGGCAUCUACAUGAUGCUACCCCUUGCCCUUCGGUCGCUGGCCAAGUUGGAAGCGAUCAUCGAUACCCACAUGCAUGCCAUCGGGUGCUCCAAGUUGAGCAUGCCGAACCUUCUCCACAGUGACCUGUGGAAGGAGACUGGGCGAUGGGACUCGAGCGGGCCAGAGCUGUUCCGUGUCCACGACCGCCGCGACGUCGCGCACUGCCUCGGGCCGACCCACGAAGAAGUAUUUACGUCCCUCGUAGCGUCCACCGUCACGUCCCCCAAGGCACUCCCCCUUCGAUUGUACCAAAUCGGCCGGAAGUUCCGCGACGAGAUUCGGCCUCGUUUUGGCCUGCUCCGUGCCAAGGAGUUCAUCAUGAAGGAUGCCUACACGUUCGACGUGGACCGACAUGGGGCGGAGGUCACGUACAACCUCAUGGUACAAGCCUACCACGCCAUCCUGAGCGAACUGGACGUUCCCAUCGUCCAAGUGGAGGCGGACACUGGCAACAUUGGCGGCAGCCUCUCGCACGAGUUUCACGUGUUAUCAGGGUUUGGCGAAGACGCGAUUUUGUCCUGCGGGACCUGUGACUACGCCGCCAACGUCGAAAAGGCCCGCGGGGUCGUCGGCGGCGGCGGCUCGACGCCCACCACUCUGGCGGACGUGCUUGCCCACGACAACGACGACGUUGCAGUCACGUACUUCCAAGCGACCGCCGCAGACUCGACCAAAAAAGUCCUGGCUGUGCUGUCUCCGGCAGGGCGACAUGUGAACGUUCUGUCGCUGAAGCCACACGGAGUAGAUGUCGACACCCUGACACCGCUGCCCGCCAUCUGUGGGGACAUUGCCUCGCGACCAGUGCAAUAUUUUGUCGACUCGGCGGUAUCGGUUGAUGGCCUUCCUACCGACGCCAUCGUCGGAGAGUUCCGCCAGGCCAAAGAACACGAUGGGUGCCCUAGCUGCUCAAACGGAACGUUAGUGGAGAAGCGCGGUAUUGAAGUCGGGCAUGUGUUUUACUUGGGCGACAAGUACUCCAAGAUCUUAAAAGCCAACUACGUCGAUGCGUCCAACAAGGUGCAACCCAUGGAAAUGGGAUGUUAUGGCAUGGGUGUCACGCGGCUCUUGGCCGCGACGGUCGAAAGUCUGCACGACACCCACGGCAUCGUGUGGCCACAGGCGAUCGUGCCGUAUCGUGCGGUGGUCGUGGGGCUGGCCAAAAAGGAGGACGAUGACGUGGCAGUCGCUGCGAAGGCCAUUGCGGGUACCCUCGCGACAGUGUGGCCUGACGAUGUAGUGCUGGACGACCGGUGGGGCGAACGGCCCGGGUUGAAGUUGACCGAGGCCGAGCUGAUUGGCUACACGUGGCGCGUUGUGGUGGGCAAACGCUUCGCCUCGGAAGGGCUGGUCGAAGUGUUGCAUCGACCGACCAUGCAAAUGAACCACGUGCUAGUGGACAAUGUCCAGGCGCACAUCCAACAGACACAGUAAAAAGUCCAUUGAGAAUAAUAGAAGUUUGUGUU